CAGGCGCAGAGCCUGGAAGAUCAGCAGAAGCUCGAGGACAUUGAGGCGGAGAUGAAGAGACUCGCCUGGCGAAACGAGUUUCUUCAAAGCCAACUCGACGGCCGUCGCCAUCUGUGGAUGCAAGUCCACGGUGACCCUCAGGAGCUCGACGCGGGUCUGGUGGAUGACUCCCGCCGCAACGAGCAGAUCGCCCGCCCUCUUCGCGCUGUUACGAGCGGUUCUCACCCCUUUGGCGCCCCGACUGCGACAGGCGCUUUGGUCCGGCAGUCCCAACCCGCUCAGGCCCAGCAGGGUUUACUUCCGCGUCCCUCCGGUCUGCCGCCCCGCCCAGCUGUGCACAUCGGCCAAGGCUUCACUGGCGUUCGAAAUCUUGGUUCUGGCCUCGCCGCCAGUCGCCACUCAGGCAUCACGCCGUCACAGAGCUCUUCUGUGUCAAGAGCGCUGGUCCCUACCGCCACAGAAACUGGCAGCCCCCCGGAACGUCGCCGCGCCACGUCUUCUGCUUUGGUCAAGGUCGAAACCAGCAUUGACCAUGUUGAUGAGGGCGAACACUGGGCCAACGAGUUCAAUGCUCUCUUUGCCCACAUCUAUGGCUUCUGCAAAAAUUAUUUCGAGAACACGCCAAAGAUCGAGGGUGACUGGCGCAAACAUUUCCAGUCUGAGGGAGAGGGUUUCGUUUGGAAGCACGUGUGCUCGAUUGUUCACCCAAGACAGGAGCGGGAACGUGGGGACUACGCCUUGUCCCUGCUCAAGAACGACGGGUCACGCCCAUACUUUAUCCAGCGCAUGAUUCUGCAGCUGAUCACCGCCGAGGUCCUCACAAUUGAGGGCUGGCAAGAUUACUCCGCCGAGGUUGACAAAGAGAUGAAGGAGAUCGAGGCCGGGCUGAAGACGACCGACCCCUUCAAGACCUACGACCGCCAGGCGCUUGUCGACCGGCGUGCUGUUCUCGUGGGCAAGAUGGCCGAAGGCCCCAAGGCGAAGGCCUUCCGCAACCACAAACUCAACCAUCACCAUCAGAAGUUGCGGGCCAUGGUUGCUCCCUUUAUCCCCAAGAUAAAGAACGACAUGACGCGUGACGAGGCCUUUUUCGACCUGUUCCACAUCACCGAGCAGGCCUUUGACCUGUCUGGCAAGCUUCUGCGUUCGCCGUUGACGUUCCAAUUCACCUGGUGCGACGAGCUCAGCAAGUUCUCUGCGGAUUUCCAACAGGCGAUCGGCUGCAAUAUCGCUCCGGCGAUCCUCCAGCGCGAUCAGUGGCGUGUCAAGCUGUGUGCUACGCCCGCUGUUACCAUGCGUAGUGAUCAGGGCGUGUCGAUCCGGGCGAAGCAGAUUGUCAAGGCGGGCGUCAUGAUCAUGCGCUAA